AUGAUUAACACGGGGAAGUUGGCUGGUCGCACAAUUUUUAUUACGGGAGCUUCGAGAGGUAUUGGCAAGAGUAUAGCUCUGAAAGCAGCAAAGGAUGGUGCUAAUAUCGUUAUCGCUGCAAAAACUGCCGAACCACAUCCAAAGUUACCGGGUACCAUUUAUACGGCGGCUACUGAAAUCGAAGCAGCUGGCGGUAAAGCUCUACCUUGUGUCGUGGAUGUACGCGAUGAGAAGCAGGUGAUUAACGCGGUGGAGAAUGCUGUCGCUAAAUUCGGUGGUAUAGACGUUGUUGUGAACAAUGCGAGCGCUAUUUCUUUGACGGAUACUCUUUCAACCGAUAUGAAGAGAUAUGAUCUAAUGAAUAAUAUUAACGCUAGAGGAACUUUUCUCGUAUCGAAGGUAUGCAUACCGUAUCUCAAGAAAAGCACGAAUCCGCACAUAGUUAAUAUAAGUCCACCAUUGAACAUGAAACCGGUAUGGUUUAAAAAUCAUGUCGCAUACACUAUGGCUAAGUACGGUAUGUCCAUGUGUGUCCUUGGUAUGGCGGAAGAAUUCAAGCCUGACGGCAUUGCGGUUAACGCUGUGUGGCCUAAGACAGCUAUACAUACUGCUGCAAUGGACAUGCUGUCAGGCCCGGACUCGAGUAAUGCCUGUCGAAAACCUGAAAUUAUGAGCGAUGCUGUUUACGCAUUACUUUGUAAAGAUAGUAAAUCCGUCACUGGCCAAUUUCUGAUUGACGAAGACAUAUUAAAGAAUGAAGGCAUUACUGAUUUUACAGACUACGCGUGUAAUCCAGCAAAUAAGGACCAAUUAAUGAUGGACUUCUUUCUGGAUGAUACCCAAGAUAACCUUAUAAAAACGAGUCCUGAUAAAACGAGUGAAGAACCUGGUCAGAUGGCACGUGUAUUUAAUGCCAUCAAUGCAAAUUUAAGUAGCGAAUUGGUUAGCAAAACUGGUGCUAUAUAUCAAUUUAACGUAAAAGGGAAAGAAUCCGGCGUAUGGUUCAUUGAUUUGAAAAAUGGAAAAGGUGCUACUGGCAAAGGAGAACCGAGUCAGCCCGCAGAUGCAACUCUUACAAUGGAUUCAGACAAUUUUUUUGCUAUGUUUUCAGGCAAACUAAAACCGGUUUCUGCAUUUAUGACAGGCAAAUUAAAUAUUAGCGGAAAUAUGCAGAAAGCAAUGAAAUUGGAAAAGUUAAUGAAUACUUUAAAAUCCAAACUGUAAAUGCCAAUGAUUAAAAUAUCACAUAUCUUGCAAUAUUUUGCAUAAUUGCAAUAUAUUUUUAUACGUUAUAUGUUAUCAAUAUAUAUAAUACUCUUUUUUUUUAAAUACGUAUCUUAUAUGCAUAUUGUUAUGUGUACCUUUUCUUUCUUAUAAAAAAUAAGAAAAGUGCGCGUAAAUAAUAGUAAAUUACUAUGAACUAAAAUUUACUACAUUAGUAUCAUAAUUUUUACUUGAAUUGUUUAUGAUUGUUUCUAGGAAACAAAAUUUUCCAAGAGAAAUUUUGUAUAAUACAUAAUAGGAAUAAUUUUUUAUAAAAACGAAAUGUUAUGUAGGUAAAAAGAAUGUAAAAUUUGUACUUUUAUAAGUUAGAUUCAUACAUAACUUCAUAAGUUAGAUAAAUAAUAUAUUGUUAUGUCAAUAUUGUUAUCAUCGGGACGAUUUUGUACAAUAAAAAAAUAAACAUUUUA